ACUCAGCAAAUAUUGGAUUUAGUUACAAGACAAAGCAAAACUUUGCAACCACUUUAAAAGGGAGUUUGGAUCCAUCCAGGAGGGGAGACCACCACAACUACACAGAAGCUUCACAACUACACAGAAAGCCCGGCAAUUUGUGAAACAUAGAAUCAUGAGUACUGCAGGGAAAGUCAUCAAAUGUAAGGCUGCCAUAGCCUUUGAACCUAAGAAACCCUUUAGCAUAGUGGAAGUAGAAGUGGCCCCACCAAAAGCACAUGAAGCUCGCAUUAAGAUUUUGGCUACUGGAAUCUGUCGCACUGAUGACCAUGUAUUGAGUGGUUCAAUAAAAACAACGUUCCCUGUUAUCCCUGGCCAUGAAGCUGUUGGUGUUGUGGAGAGCACUGGGGAAGGAGUUACCUGUGUGAAACCAGGAGACAAAGUCAUUCCACUCUUUCUCCCACAAUGUGGGAAAUGCCGCACUUGCAAGAAUCCAGAAGGCAACUUGUGUGAAAAGAAUGAUCUUUCUGAAUUUAAGGGAUUAAUGUACGACGGCACAACCAGAUUUUCUUACAAAGGGAAGCCAGUUCACAAUUUUGCUUGCACCAGCACUUUUGCUGAAUAUACUGUAGUACAUGAGGAUUCGCUGGCCAAAAUUGAUCCUGCAGCUCCUCCUGAGAAAGCCUGUCUGAUAGGCUGUGGAUUUUCUACUGGCUAUGGUGCUGCCAUCAGAUCCGGAAAGGUGACACCUGAUUCUUCUUGUGCUGUUUUUGGUCUGGGAGGAGUUGGCCUCUCAGUCGUCAUGGGUUGUAAAGCAGCUGGAGCAUCGCGGAUCAUUGGGAUCGACAUCAACAAGGACAAAUUUCCUAUGGCUAAGGAGCUCGGUGCCACCGAGUGUAUCAGCCCUCUGGAUUUCAAGAAGCCCAUCAAUGAAGUAGUGCUGGAAAUGACUGAAGGGGAAGGUGUGGACUAUUCAUUUGAAGUGAUUGGUCGCACAGACACCAUGGCUGCUGCCUUGGCUUCCUGCAACUUGAACUAUGGUGUCAGUGUGAUUGUGGGAGCAGCGCCUUCAGCAUCAGAGAUUACCUUGUCUCCAACACUUAUUUUCACAGGACGUACUUGGAAAGGCUCUGUAUUUGGAGGUCUCAAAAGCAAGGAUGCUGUUCCUAAACUGGUUUCGGAGCUCAUGUCAAAGAAGUUCAUUCUGGAUCCACUAAUCACCCAUGUUCUGCCUUUUGAUAAAAUAAAUGAAGGGUUUGAUCUGCUCCGAAAAGGAGAAAGUAUUCGCACUGUUCUGAAAAUGUAAAGAUCCUGAUGGUGAAAAUACAAGACAACUGAAUUCCAGGAGAACCAUGAAUUGUGCAUCACAUCAUGAAACACCCACGAAAAGGACCGUGUUGUGUUACAUGUAGAAAUUUGUUAUAAAUGUCAACUUUAUUUCUCUCUGUGUGAAAUACAAGGUAACUCUGUCUUAUGAGUUACACUUUUACUGCAUGGAGACCAUGUUUAAAUGGAUCCAUAGCAAACUUUUCAUUUGGAUACAGUUUUGUGCAUUUUCACAAUAAAUAAUGGUACUGUGUGAUGAAUAAAGCCUUUCUCAUUA